GAGAUAUUUUUUAACAUGUACCUUUAUAGGAAAUGCGUGUGAGUCGUGUUCUCUGAAGGUUUAUCUGAACAUUUAACACUCGGAAGGAAAAUGUUUAUAAGUGGUAUAACACAUGUAUAAUAAUACGUUUAAAUAUACCUUCGACAAGUUCGGCGCCUCCUGCUGGUUUUCUUCAUAAUCAUUUUGUCUGCAGAACCAUGAACAGAAACUCUCUCAGCACUGACCAGGAGUUGCGUGCUGGUGACUACCUGAUGAGUAACAAUGGAAUCUACAAGGCCGUCCUGCAGACUGAUGGUAACUUUGUGGUCUAUGGUUGGGCCCCUCUCUGGGCUUCCAACACCUGGAACAAAGACUCCUACCGUCUGCUUCUGCAACAAGACAACAACCUGGUCAUCUACAACAAAGAGUACCAACCACUCUGGGCCAGUAAUACCCACUCAUCACGUGACAGUCAGAGGAUGCUUCUGACCAUGCAGGAGGAUGGCCGUCUGGUUCUCUACAACGAUGGAAAGGAGAUCUGGAGUGUUGGAAAGUGAAAAAUAAUGUGACAACACAUGUGAUGUGUGUACGAAGUUUGAAAUAAAAAAGAUCUAGAGAGAUCUCUUAAGACUCAC